GUUGAAAAUUCCCUUGGACUUUAUCACUCCCAGCACUGUCAGCCUGCCUCCAGCCCAGGUCACUCGAUCAGUGAGCAGGCUUUGCUUGGCAGGCUGCUUUGACCAGAUACUUGCUCGGGGUUUGUGUCUGCUCCAAGAAGAGGAUAACAACGAGGAGGAUGGCAGGCCUGCAGUACAUGUCGGGAUUUGGAAAUGAGCAUAUUUCUGAGGAUCCACGCUGUCCGGGAGCUUUACCAGAAGGACAGAAUAACCCUCAAGUCUGCCCAUAUGGCCUGUAUGCGGAACAGCUCUCAGGCUCUGCUUUCACCUGUCCCCGGCCCACCAACAAGCGAAGCUGGCUGUAUCGAAUCCUACCUUCAGUCUGCCACAAACCCUUCAAACCUCUCGAGGAGGGCCACUUGACGCAUGACUGGGAUGAAAUUGAGCCUGACCCCAACCAGCUGCGAUGGAAACCUUUCGAGAUUCCAAAAGCCCCCCAGAAUAAGAUGGACUUUGUGAGUGGACUGCACACCUUGUGUGGCGCCGGUGAGCCCAGAGGACGCAAUGGCAUUGCCAUCCAUAUUUUUGUCUGCAACACCUCCAUGAUCAACAGAUGCCUUUAUAAUUCGGAUGGCGACUUCCUGAUUGUGCCCCAGCAAGGAAAACUGCUCAUCACAACUGAGUUUGGGAAGAUGCUAGUGGAGCCCAAUGAAAUCUGUGUCAUUCAGCAAGGAAUGCGUUUCAGUGUGGAGGUGUUUGGAGAGACCAGAGGCUACAUCCUGGAGGUGUAUGGGGCACACUUCGAGCUGCCUGACCUGGGACCCAUUGGAGCCAACGGCCUGGCCAACCCUCGUGACUUCUUGGUGCCUGUGGCGUGGUAUGAGGACCGCCAAGUGCCAGGGGGCUACACAAUGAUCAGCAAGUACCAGGGCAAGCUGUUUGCAGCCCAGCAGGAUUACUCCCCCUACAAUGUUGUAGCUUGGCAUGGAAACUACACGCCAUACAAAUACCACCUGGAAAAAUUCAUGGUCAUUAAUGCUGUUGCUUUUGACCACGCGGAUCCUUCCAUCUUCACUGUCCUGACAGCCAAGACGACCCGUGCUGGAGUGGCACUUGCUGACUUUGUCAUAUUUCCCCCACGAUGGGGGGUGGCUAACAACACCUUCCGUCCACCUUACUACCACCGGAACUGUAUGAGCGAGUUCAUGGGGCUUAUCAAAGGCCACUAUGAAGCAAAGGAGGAAGGUUUCCAGCCGGGAGGUGGCAGCUUGCACAGCAUGAUGACCCCUCAUGGGCCAGAUGCUGACUGCUUCGAGAAGGCAAGCAAAGUCAAGCUAGAGCCGGAGCGGGUUGCAGAUGGAACCAUGGCCUUCAUGUUUGAAUCAUCCCUCAGCCUUGCCGUCACCAAAUGGGGCCUCCAGACCUCAAAUUGCCUAGAUAAAACCUACUACAAGUGCUGGGAACCUCUAAAAAGUCAUUUCAACCCUAAAUGCAAGUAAAAGGGAAGUACCUGCUGCAUGCAACAUGAGUGAAGGCAGGGAAAUCCAGCAACCUACAUGUGAUGGCACAGCCAGCUCGGGCAGUGCAGAAUGCUCCAGCACAGAAUGGCACUUCCACCAGCCACUGAGCCAUGAAAACCAUCAUCCCUAAGAAACGUGGGAAAUGCAGUAAAGCCCAUCAUUAUUCUUAACUUUCAAUUAAAUUAAAUCCUGGUGACAUGUUGAAACUGAA